UGCGCCACACUGUGACUGACGAUAUGUAAGAAGAAGAGGUGUGUUAACUCGGUGCGGCUUACAAUAAUAAAUACAAUUGAUAUAUAGGCACAUAAAUGAUAACAUUUAUUGCGGAAGUGUAAAUAAAUUGUAUUUAGAAUGUCUCGACAGAGGAAAAGGCCUAUCGCGUACGUUGUGGAGGAGCUGGAUACCUUUGAUGCAGCUGGCUCCUCAUCGCAGGAGAAUAUCAGCAUUGGAAAUGCCAUAGACGAUAUCCCCAUGGAGCCGAUGGCUUUUCUGCAAGGUCUAAACUCGGGCAAUUUGAUGCAAUUCAGCCAGCAAUCCAUUUUGCGAGAAAUGAUGCUGCAGGAUAUCAAGACACAGAUAAACUCAUUGCCCAAAUUGGAGAAUCACAACAAUGAAGACUAUAACUUCAGCAUGGUACUGGAGGAGCCGCCAAAGUCGCACUGGAUGUAUUCGGAGCCAUUGAACAAGUUGUACAUACGCAUGAAUAAAACGUUCAAUAUUGAUGCUACGUUCAAAAUCAAAAUGCCAAUUCAACCGCUGAAUUUGCGUGCGUUUCUGUGCUUCGUCAAAGAUGUCAGUGGACCCGUGCUGCGCUGUCAGAAUCACAUGAGCACAGAUCCCAUUAAGGAUGAUCCGAGUAAGCGGGAAAGCUUGCUGCGCUGUGAAAAUCCGAAUGCGACAUAUUGUGGCACGGCUGAGGGGAAAAGUAUUGGCGAAAGAUACUCCGUGCUUGUGCCACUGAACCUGAGUCGUCCCAGCCAACACAGCGGCGGGCUCGUGCGCCAGACGUUGGUGUUUAGUUUUUCGUGCCAGAAUUCGUGCUUUGGCCGCAAAGAAACUUGCUUAGUGUUUUGCUUGGAGAACAACAAUGGCGAUAUACUAGGUCAGCACGUGUUGCUUUUGAAGAUUUGCACGUGCCCGAAACGCGAUCGUAACAUGGAUGAGCGGCAGCUGGAGAAAAACAAGAUCAAGUCAUUGUCCGCUGCUUCGGAAGAUGAUGAGGUCGAUGGGCCGGAUGCCAAAAGAAAAUAUCGUCGCACAAUGACCCAGGACAUUAAAGAGGAAGUCGAAAGCAACGACAGCAACGAUAUGCCAUUUGUGCCUGCUGAUUGGCAAGUCUCGCGCACGUUGGACGGCGACUAUCGUUUGGUCAUCAAGUGCGAACAGAAGGAUAUGCUAUUGCAGAGCAUCGAGGGUAUUAUUGAGAAGGCGGCCGUUGCCUCGCUUCGUAAUCCACAAAGUUCAAAGCUGCGUCAGCAUGUGAAUAAUUUGCUGAAUUUAAAAAAAUGUGCUCAGAAGUUGCCUUAAUGCGGAAUAUUGACAGUACAAUAAUUAGUAUUACUUCAUUGGAAUUAAGUUUUAAAGUGUUUUAAGUGUUACAAUUAUCAUUCCUAAGGAAAUGUUUCAAAACCACAAUAUUUACAUAUUGACAAUACAAACUUAGAUUUGUAUGGAAAAAAUAACGAAUUUGGCAUACAAAUGAAUUUUUUGUUCGGUAAUUUAAGAUAUAGAUAUAUAUUUAGUUUAUAUUAAUAGAUACCUCUAACAUACCCUGUUUACUAUAUAUGUGUAUAUGGUAUUGUUAUAAUGUGUAUUCAAGUAUACAUGUGUAUUUUAUUCUAAUAUACCUGAAAAAUGAAUAUUUUUUUACUUGUUUUUAUAAAUUUAAUAAAUGGAAUACAAAGAUUUACAAAAUAUUAAUUUUAAAAACUACAGAGAAAAACUCUUGUUUCAGUAAUAAUCAAUGUAUGUAUGGCAAAUAUAAGAUAUAAGUAUAUUAACAUGUGAGCCUUAUACACAUUCAAUGUGAUCAUUUUAUUACCAUAUCUACAUCAUAGUAAGUAGCUGUCUAAAAUAAAGUUGUACUUGGCUUAAAUAUAGCGAA